UGAGCCGCAAUGGAGUUCAUCGUGAAAGAGAGCCGCAAAGUGUGGAUUCCAAAUCAUCCCACCCAUGGCUACAGGCCUGGGCUCGUGGAUGACAAUGCUGAGAGCGGCGAGUUCCUCACAGUCUUUGAUGAUGAAGGGAACAAGUUCCAGGUGGCACGAUCAGAAGCCCUUGCGGUGGAUGCAGCAUGCCUCACAGGGGUGGAAGAUCUCUUGACGCUGGGGGAUUUCAACGAGCCGGCUUUGCUGCACAACAUCCGUGUGCGAUAUGAUCAGGAUAGUAUUUACACUGGCAUUGGUAUGCCCAUUCUGAUCUCAGUGAAUCCCUACCAAAACAUUCCUGGACUUUACAGCCAAGAGACGAUGCGGCAGUACAAGCGCUUGGCUGCCAAAGCUCCAAGUCAGUCUGGUGGUGGCCUUCCAAUCCACCUCUACACCGUGGCAGAUGCCGCAUAUAGAGCCAUGCUUUCAGAGAAGGCGAGCCAGUCUAUCAUCAUUUCAGGCGAGAGUGGAGCAGGAAAGACCGAAGCGACGAAGCGCAUGUUGGCCUACUUGGCAGAGUUGCAAAGUUCCAAAUCUGAACAUCGAGGAGGUCGCCGCAGCGUGGAGUCGCAGGUGCUGGACGCGAAUCCGGUGCUGGAAGCAUUUGGCAACGCCAAGACGGUGAGGAACGACAACUCUUCACGCUUCGGGAAGUUCAUCGAGGUGGAGUUCGAUUCGGGUGGCAAGUUGCUAAGUGCACAGAUCUCCAACUAUUUGCUGGAGAAGUGUCGAAUUGUCCAUCAACAGCCUGAGGAGCGGAACUACCAUAUCUUCUACCAACUCUGCACUGCAUUUUCCAAGGGUCAGGUGGCCAAAGAUCUUCAACUGCAACCUGCCUCGGACUUUGAGUACAGCAAGGAGUGUACCGAAAUCGCGGGACUCGAUGAUGAUGCCGAGUUCACUGCUGUGUUGGAUUGUAUGAGCAGUUUGGGCUUCACUCAGGAAGAACGUGAUACCAUCUUCCGCAUCGUUGCUGCAGUACUUCAUCUAGGAGAAGUUGAAAUUGUAGCAUGUGCGCGAAACGGUUCCGAUGGCGUCAGCGUGGCCGAGGACAAGACGUUGCCAUUGGUCUGCGACCUGCUGGGCGUUACAUCUGAGCAGAUGAAUGACGUCUUGGAGCAUAAGACCUUCGAGGAUCCCUUGACUGAGACCAUCAUCCACCGGCCGCACGAUGUCUCCUCCGCAUCGUUUACCCGGCAUUCGAUGGCCAAAGUGGUCUACGCACGGCUGUUCGAUUGGCUGGUGUGGCGAAUCAAUGAAAGCAUCAGCCACAAGAAUCAGCAGAAAGAUGUGCGAAAGAUUGGAUUGCUGGACAUCUACGGUUUUGAAGUCUUUGAGUGGAAUUCCUUCGAGCAACUCUGUAUUAACUUUGCCAAUGAAAAGCUGCAGCAGCACUUCAACAUGCACAUGUUCAGUCUGGAGCAAAGACUGUACACCUCGGAGGGCAUCAACUGGAGUCAUAUCACCUGGCAGGACAAUCAGCAUAUCAUUGAUUCGCUGGACAAACGACCACUAGGUCUGUUCUGCUUGGUGGACUCCGAGUGUUUGAUGCCACAGUCCACUGACAGUUCGCUGUUCACAAAGAUUUUGAACAACUUCAGAAGCUCCAAGGUGAUCUACAAGGCUUCGAGAUUUGGAAACACCGACUUUGGAGUGGCGCAUUACGCAGGGGAGGUGGUCUAUAGUGUGGAGACCUUCUUGAUGAAGAACACUGGUAAGCUUUCGAAGGACGUCGUGAGCCUCUUCAAAAACUCGGAGGUGGAGCUGGUGCGUCGUCUCUUCACGGACCCCCGCUUCGCGCCGCCGGAGCAGGCGCCGGCGCGCGGCGCCGGGGCGCGCAGCGCGCGGCGCGGCUCGCGGCAGGAGGAGCGGCAGCGGCAGAACGUCACGGUGAGCAUGAUGUUCCGCGAGCAACUAGAACGCCUGGUGGAGGAUCUUAACAAGACUAACCCACGCUAUGUCCGUUGCAUCAAGCCCAAUGGCAACAAACGGCCCAACGAGUUGGAUUCCCUGGACGUGCUGCGACAGCUGCGCUGUGCCGGGAUGUUGGAAUCCAUCCGUAUCCGUCGCGCAGGCUACGCGGUGCGGCGACCCUUCAAGGAAUUCUUCGCGCGGUUCCGCAUUCUGGCGCCAAACUUGGUGCCAGGGCCGGAUCCGGACUACAGGAGUCUAUGUCAACGCUUGGUGCUUGAAGUAGAAGAGAGACUUGGGGACGCAGCCAAACAGCAGAAGCUUUGGCAAUUGGGACAGUCCCGAGUCUUCAUGAAGGAAGACUUGGAACGAAAGAUGGAGCAGAUGAUCGUUGAAUCUGCGAAGAGGCAGGUGCAGACCAUCCAGCGCUGUUGGCGCGGCUUCGUGGGCCGCCGCUACUUCGUGCAGGUGCGCCGAGCCGCCAUGACCUUCCAGGCCACUUUCCGCACCCUGCAGCAGCGAGAAGCCUUCCUGCGCCAGCGGCAUGCGGCACUGCAAAUACAGG